UAAGGCAAUAACACUUGCACAUAUCCUCCCAAAUUGGCUUAUAAAUUGAACCCAAUUUAUCACAUACUUUUUCUUUUCUACUACACCACAAGAAGCAUGGAGGGCCUACGAGACUGCACAACCAGUUCUUCCACCGCCUCUACCCCUACCUUCCACACAGUUAGACAAGCACGUCGCAUUGCCUUGAACCGAGUAUUUGCAGCAAUUUAUUCAUGUGCAAUCUUAGCUUUGCUCUAUCACCAUGCACUCAAACUCACCCACUCAAACAGUUUGGCCGCCUUCUUUAUCUCCCUCUCCUUGUUCAUCUCUGAUAUUUUCCUUGCCUUCAUGUGGGUUACCCAGCAGAGUUUUCGAAUGACUCCAGUUUACCGAAGUGAAUUCCCUGAACAACUCAAACAGGUUGUGAAUGAAUCUGAUUUUCCAGCACUGGACGUGUUCAUAUGCACUGCAGAUCCGUACAAGGAGCCACCAAUUAGCGUGGUGAACACUGCCUUAUCUGUUAUGGCCUAUGACUAUCCAGCAGAGAAGGUCUCGGUGUAUAUUUCAGAUGAUGGGGGCUCUCAGAUCACUCUCUUUGCUUUUAUGGAAGCUGCUAAAUUUGCAAGCCACUGGUUACCAUUUUGUAGGAAGAAUAAUAUAGUAGACAGGAGCCCAGAUGCUUAUUUUGCAUCAAAUCAACCUCGGUGCUCUGAGACUCAGAAGAUCAAGGAAAUGUAUGAAAGCAUGAAGGUCAAGGUAGAUAAUGUUCUUGAAAGGGGAAAAGUUGCUGAUGAUUAUAUUACUGGAGAAGAGGAACUCACGGCUUUCACCAAAUGGACAAAUGGGUUUACUCGCCAAGAUCAUCCGGCUGUCAUUCAGGUCUUGUUAGACAAUAGCAAAGACAAAGACAUCUCAGGCCAUUUGAUGCCAAGCCUCAUCUAUGUCUCUAGAGAAAAGAGUAGGACUUCACCCCACCAUUUUAAGGCAGGAGCCCUUAAUGCCCUGCUACGAGUAUCAGCUGUAAUGACCAAUGCACCCAUGAUUUUGACAUUGGAUUGUGACAUGUACUCUAAUGAUCCACAAACACCUAUUCGUGUGUUGUGUUAUUUAACAGAUCCUAAAAUUCGGUCUACACUAGGAUACAUUCAAUUCCCUCAAAAAUUUCAUGGACUCAAUGAAAAUGAUAUUUAUGCUUGUGAGCAUAAAUACAUGUAUAUAGUUAAUCCAUUGGGGAUGGAUGGAUUAUCCGGUCCUGAUUAUGAAGGAAGUGGAUGUUUUUUUUGUCGACGUGCCUUCUUUGGAGGUCCAUCAAGUAUGAUUUCACCAGAAAUUCCCGAAUUAAACCCGCAUCAUGUUGUGGCCAAGCACAUCCAGUCCCAACCAAUUUUGGAACUGGCACACAAGGUAGCAGGGUGCAAUUUCGAGAAUAGCACAAGAUGGGGCUAUAAGAUUGGGUUCAAAUAUGGUUCAUUGGUCGAGGACUUCUUUACGGGCUAUCGGCUAAAAGGUGAGGGAUGGAAGGCCAUAUUUUGCAACCCUAAGAGGCCAGCCUUUUUGGGAGACGUACCAAUUAGCCUUGUGGAAGUUUUGGUUCAAUGCAAACGAUGGACCGUUGGCCUAAUUGAGGUGGUUUUCUCGAAGUAUAACCCUAUAACAUUCGGCACCAAGACCAUAGGCCUUCUUAUGGGCCUUGCCUAUGCACAUUAUUCUUUUUGGCCUAGUUGGUCAAUUCCAAUCACCAUAUAUGCCUUCAUCCCCCAGCUUGCUCUCCUUAAUGGAGUCAGUAUUUUCCCAAAGGUAUCAGAGCCAUGGUUUUUCUUGUACGUGUUUCUUUUCCUUGGAGCUUAUGGGCAACAUCUUCUUGAGUUUAUCUUUGAGGGAGGAACGAUUCAAAGGUGGUGGAAUGAUCAAAGAAUGUGGAUGAUAAGAGGACUCUCAUGCUUCUUGUUUGGAUCCCUUGAGUACUUUCUCAAGUGUUUAGGCAUUUCCACAACAAGUUUCAACGUGACUAACAAAGUAGUCGAUGAUGAACAAAGCAAAAAUUAUGAACAAGGGGUUUUUGAUUUUGGUGUACCAUCACCUAUGCUUGUCUCACUAACAAUGUCAGCGAUAAUCAACCUAGCCGCAUUAGUUCGAGGGCUCACAGAGGCUUUCAUGGGCAGAAAAAUGGAGGAGAUGUUUGUGCAAAUGUUCAUAGCAGGAUUUGUUGUUGUGAACUCUGCACCAAUUUAUGAAGCCAUGGUCUUGAGAAGCGAUAAAGGAAGGAUGCCAAUAAAAACUACUGUAGUUUCAAUAUUUCUGGCCUUGGCUCUUUAUGUGCUAUUUCCUUUUACUGUUAGGAAUUGAAAUUGGGAGCUUUGCUUCUUAUAAAUCUGCCCAAAUUUGUGAGUAAUACUAUAUACCAAAAAAAAAAAAAAAAAAUCUAAACACAUUUUUCAUACCA